UUGAGUCUUUCCUUUGUAGUCACAGGUCGCAUCCGGUUCGUGCGUCGACUGAGAUACAAAAAGGAGAAAGCAAAAAAUUUUACUCCACGAGCCGAAACACCCAUACAUUAAAUCAGGUUUUUAAUGAUUGAUUUUUUAAAUGUAUAACGGAGUUUGAUUUAUAUGUUAGUUUUAAUAAUGAGUUUGAGCCUCUGAUGUGGUAUAUAGCAACAAUCGCAAAGCAAUUUUGUUUUGGAUGGUUGGACCCAUUUUUUUUAAACCGGGGUUUACUACAGUUUUAUUAGGGUAAUUCGCUCAGGUCUCACCUGAUCGUAUGUGUUAACGAUUGUCCGAGCGUAAGUUUAAUAUAUAUUUUAGCAGUAGUUGUAAUUGUGUGUCUGUUAAAUUGGUGAUGGCCACAUCGGCCCUCUAUGCCUGUACCAAGUGUAACCAGCGGUUCCCGUUCGAGGAGUUGUCGCAGGGCCAGCAGCUCUGCAAGGAGUGUCGAAUCGCUCACCCUAUAGUGAAAUGCACCUACUGUAGGUCAGAGUUUCAGCAGGAGAGCAAAACCAACACUAUUUGUAAAAAAUGUGCACAAAAUGUCAAACAAUUUGGAACGCCGAAGCCAUGUCAGUACUGUAACAUCAUUGCUGCAUUCAUUGGGACCAAAUGUCAGCGCUGCACCAACUCUGAGAAGAAGUAUGGACCUCCACAGACCUGCGAACAGUGCAAGCAGCAGUGUGCCUUCGAUAGGAAGGACGAAGGGAGGAGAAAGGUGGACGGGAAGCUCUUGUGCUGGCUCUGCACGCUGUCAUAUCGUCGCGUUCUCCAAAAAACGAAAGAGCAGCGGAAAGGCCUCGGCUCCUCCCACUCCAACUCUUCUCUUAGUGAGAAAGAACAUCAGAGACACCAUCAUCAUCAGUCCCACAGACAUGGAAGUUCACAUCACAAAAUAAGUGGUAAUUUAAGUCCAGAGCAGGAUCAGGGAUUGUGGAAACAGAGCAUUCAAAAGGAAACGCCAAAGAAGAAACCUAAACUAGAGACAAAGCCAUCCAACGGAGACAGUAGUUCAAUCACUCAAUCAAUGGAUUCUGGAGGCACGGAUAACUUCAUCUUGAUUAGCCAGCUGAAAGAGGAAGUGAUGUCAUUGAAACGUCUACUCCAACAAAGAGACCAGACCAUCCUGGAGAGAGACAGGAAGCUGACUGAACUAAAGGCAGAUUUUCAGUAUCAGGAGUCAAAUAUGCGGGUAAAGAUGAACAACAUGGAGAAAGCACACAAGGAGGCCAUGGAGCAGCAACAGUCAAAAAACAGAGAGCUGAUGAAACAAGUUGCUGCCCUUUCGAAAGGCAAGAAGUUUGACCGCAGCAGCAGCUCACUUCUAUUACCAUAGCAUUGACCAUACGGCUCUGUUCCCUCAUGUGUCAUUAUUGUGAGGACGUUUUACCCUCCAUUGCUCACAGAUUUUCUGUGUUUUAUUAUUAUGAUGAUGUGACAUAUGCAAAAAUCACAAAUGGUUAUUUUUUAUUUUGUCGAUUUUUCUCAGUCGCACACUUUUACAAAACAGACGUAACUCUACGGAGCCAUUGCAGGAGCUAUGGCUGAACUCCGCCUCAGAUCUCUCAUGCCAUAUGUUUCAGAACUUCGAAUAAUGGAGCAAAGGAAGGAGCUCUGAACAAACAUUUGGAAAUACUAUGAAUUGAAUACAAGAUGUAUAGUGAACAGUUUUUAUAAAAACUCAGUUGAUCUUUCUCUCUUCUAUUCUCUCUCUCACUCGCUCAUGGAAAGACUGUAUAAGUGCAUGUCUUACUGCCUGGUCAGCUGUGUGUGUGGUUUUGUAUAUUACUCUGAUUACUCUGUUUUGUUUGGCUUCGUAUUAGUGAUAUUACAGAGAAGAAUUCUGCAGACACAUAUGAGACGCUGCUUUUUUAGUGAGUGAGACUUUCUUAUACGUCUCUACCCAUCCCUGAGCAUUCUCAUCUUUUUACUGUCGGACACUUUUGUACUUUUUUCUUUCUGCACAGAUGUUUCGGGAUUAUUAAAGAUAGUAAAAUCCUCAA